AUGUUGGAGAAGGCGUGGGUUCAUCUGUCAAGAGUUGAUCCUGCUUAUGAGAAGGGUGCAUGGGACUUUGUCCAAGCUGUGUCUGCGGGAGAUGGAGCUGAUAAGUUCAUUAUCUGCCCUUGCACAGACUGUCGGAAUGUAGAUCGGCAUUCAGCUGCAGAUAUAGUCGAUCAUCUGGUUAGAAGGGGAAUGGAUGAGGUGUACAAGCAGCGUAAGGACUGGUAUCAUCAUGGAGAAGUAUACUCUGUGGCUGAAGGCGAGAUGAAAGAGAAGCAGUGGAAUGAAGAGAUUGUUGGGUUGUACAGAGCUGUUGAGAAUUUAGAUGAAGAGUUAGCUACUGAACGUGACUUCUGUGAGAUGGCAGAGGGAGAAGACAUGAAAGAAGAUGAGUUCUUGGCAAAUAUUGCAGAUGCUGAAACCCCAUUAUAUCCAAGCUGCGCAAACCAUAGCAAGUUAUCAGCCAUCGUGUCAUUGUUUAGGCUGAAGACUAAGAAUGGCUGGUCUGACAAGAGCUUCGAUGAUCUACUUGAGACGUUGCCGGAGAUGUUACCAGAGGAUAACGUGUUGCAUACAUCACUGUACGAAGUUAAGAAGUUCUUGAAGUCUUUUGAUAUGGGUUAUGAGAAGAUUCAUGCGUGUGUUAAUGAUCGCUGCCUGUUUAGAAAGAAGUUGAAGAAGCUCGACAGUUGUCCUAAAUGUAAGGCCUCAAGAUGGAAGAAUAACCAGCACACUGGUGAGAUCAAGAAAGGUGUCCCACAGAAAGUAUUAAGAUACUUUCCAAUAAUCCCACGGCUAAAGAGGAUGUUUAGGUCUGAAGAAAUGGCCAGAAACCUAAGGUGGCAUUCUACUAACCAGAGCAGCGAUGGGAAACUAAGGCAUCCCGUAGAUUCUGUGACAUGGAAACAAAUGAAUGACAAGUAUCCCACAUUUGCCGCUGAGGAAAGGAAUAUACGGCUGGGACUCUCUAUGGAUGGAUUUAAUCCUUUCAACAUGCAGAGCAGUAAGUACAGUUGUUGGCCUAAGGAGAAUAUCAUGCUAACACUGCUCAUUCCUGGUCCACAACAGCCUGAUAAUAGUAUUGAUGUCUACUUAGAGCCAUUAAUAGAGGAUUUAAAUCAGUUGUGGAGCAAAAGAGAGUCAACAUAUGAUGUUGUGAGUAACACUGCAUUUACAAUGAAGGCAAUGCUGCUCUGCAUUAUUAGUGAUUUCCCAGCCUAUGGAAAUCUAGCUGGAUGCAAAGUGAAAGGAAAAAUGGGUUGUCCUGUGUGCGGGAAACACACAGAUAGUAUGUGGCUGAAGUUCUGUAGGAAGCAUGUGUAUAUGUCUCAUAGAAAGGGUCUCCCACCAACGCAUAGAUAUAGGUCGAAGAAGGCUUGGUUUGAUGGACAAGCUGAACAAAGGAGAAAGUCUAGGAUACUAUCUGGUCAUGACAUUUCCAAUAACCUGAAGCACUUUGUUAACAACUUUGGGAAUUUUAAAGAAGGUAGAACGAAGAGGAAAAGAACCGUGAGUGUUGAAGAAGACUGUGAUAUUGAGGACGUUUCCAGUGAAUCUGAGGCAGAGGAAGAAGAUGAAGAUGGUCUCGAUACACGUAAGGAUCUGGAACAUCUUGGUAUUAGAAAGGAUCUGCACCCGAGGGCCAAAGGGAAAAGGACUUACCUGCCAGCAGCACCUUGGUCUUUGUCGAAGAGUGAGAAGAAAGUAUUCUGCAAGCGACUUUCUGAUUUUAAAGGACCUGAUGGAUAUUGUUCAAACAUAUCUAGGGGUGUUUCAGUAGAAGGGUGUAAGGUAUCAGGUCUCAAAUCACAUGAUUAUCAUGUGCUGAUGCAACAGUUACUCCCGGUUGCAGUUAGAGGAUUAUUACCUAAAGGCCCGAGACUAGCAAUAUUACGGAUGUGUGCAUUCUUCAACCGGUUAUGCCAGCGAGUAAUAGAUGUAGAGCAGAUUUCAAAAUUGGAAGCAGAAGUUGUGGAAACUCUCUGUAUGUUUGAGAGAUUUUUUCCUCCAAGCUUCUUCGACAUAAUGGUUCAUGUGACAGUUCAUCUUGGAAGGGAAGCUAAACUAUGUGGUCCAGUCCAUUUUCGCUGGAUGUAUCCAUUUGAGAGACACAUGAAGAUCCUGAAAGACUAUGUUAGAAACACUGCGAGGCCAGAGGGUUGUAUUGCUGAGUCCUAUCUUGCAGAAGAGUGCAUGCAGUUCUGCAGUGCGUUUCUUAAAACGACAACCAAUGUGGAGGAGAAAUUAGAUAGGAAUGCUGACUAUGAGAGCCAGACAAUCCUAGAGGGACGUCCAAUAUCGGCACCAAAAUCAAUUAACCUGUCUGAAAUGGAGAAGAAAACAGCCCACCUUGCUGUCCUACAGAACACAUCUGUUGUUGACCCUUAUGUUGAACGUGAUGCAACAUAUUUGUGGAGUACACAUACCCUGAAUUUUGCUUCUUGGUUAAAAGAGCAGAUAAAAGUGGAUUCUGAAACACAUGGAGAGACUCUAAAAUGGUUGGCAUAUGGUCCAUGUAGUACUGCAAGGUCAUAUACAGGCUACAUAGUGAACGGACAGCGCUUUCACACAAACUCAGUUCAGAGGCUGAGCCAAAACAGUGGAGUAUUUUAUGAGGCUACUGCAAUGUGUAGAGCGAGUGCAAAAGACACUUCACAAGUCGUCGAUUUGGUAUCAUACUAUGGGAGAGUUACAGAGAUUAUCUUGUUGGACUAUAAUGUCUUUUACGUCCCUCUAUUCAGGUGUCAAUGGGACGUACGAGGAAACGGAGUUAAGGUGGAAGAUGGGUACACACUUGUUAACUUGAAUCAGUCUCAAGUUUCCUUUAAUAGGGAUCCAUACAUAUUAGCUUCUUAG